UUGUGAGGCAUAAGCAGGAAAAGAAGAAGUAUGUGUUAAAAAAGAUUCGUCUUGCCCACCAAACCAACAGGACACGGCGAUCCGCACAUCAGGAGAUGGAACUUAUUUCGAACAUGCAAAAUCCAUUUAUAGUGGAGCACAAAGAUUCAUAGGUGGAGAAGGGCUGCUAUGUCUGCAUUGUCAUAGGUUACUGUGAAGGUGGAGAUAUGGCAGAAGCCAUAAAAAUGGCCAAUGGUGUCCAUCUUCCUGAAGAGAAGCUCUGUAUAUGGCUUGUUCAGCUACUCAUAGCACUGGAGUACUUACACAUGAACCAUAUCCUUCAUCGUGAUGUCAAGUGCUCAAAUAUAUUUUUGACGAAAGAUCACGACAUUCGUCUUGGUGACUUUGGACUUGCCAAAAUGUUGAGUUCAGAUGAGCUGGCUUCCUCGAUUGUUGGUACUCCCAGUUAUAUGUGCCCUGAGCUACUUGCAGAUAUACCAUAUGGUUCCAAAUCAGAUGUAUGGUCACUUGGAUGCUGCAUGUAUGAAAUGACAUCCCUUAAACCAGCUUUCAAGGCAUUUGAUAUGCAAGCUCUCAUCAACAAAAUAAACAAGUCUAUAGUUGCUCCACUGCCCGCCAAAUACUCUGGUUCAUUCCGAGGUCUGGUGAAAAGCAUGCUGAGGAGGAAUCCAGAACUUCGUCCUAGUGCUGCAGCACUUCUCUGGCACCAACACCUUCAACCCUAUGUACUCAAUGUUCACCUUAAGCUCAAUUCCCCCAGGCGCACCAGUUUUCCAAGCGAAUGGGCUGAAACAGAAAAGGAUAACACUAGGUCAAUUAGAUUUUCAGAGUCUUCCCGUGGUCCACCUCCAGCAUAUAGCAAGAGACGAUCCUCAUGUGGAAAUGACAGGACUGUAAAUCCAAAUGUAUCUGGAGCUGAGCCAAGUUAUGAUUCUUUCACUAGGAUAACUGAAACAACCAAUCCUUCCAAUCUGCAUCCUAGAACGAAAGAAUUAUUUUCUGGAAGCACGCAUGAACGGACUGUCAUUACAAAAACUGUUACCUCAAAAAUCUCAACAAAACAGAAAGAUACAGAAACAAAAGCUUCCAGUGUUUCAAAAAGAAAGUCAAAGCUCUCAAAGAAUAAUGAACUGCUUCAAGCAUCAAAAAGCGUGGUUAAGAGACCUGUUUCAACCACUCGUAGAGCCUCUCUUCCAUUGCCAGGAAAAGGUGCAGAUCAUUGUCGUCGUGUGCCCAGUCUUGGUCCUCUUGAAAUCAUUGGCAGCAUCAAGUCUCCAGAUGUUUCUGUCAAUUCCCCUCGAAUCGAUAAGAUGUUUGAACUUCCUUUAGGGUCCUAUGUGGGGUCCUUAGGUAUCCGCAGAAGCUCGUUCACCUCCAGAUACCCACAAGGUGACCGUUCUAUCAUGAAAAAUAGAUAUACCAUUGAGUUCCUGGAUAAAUCAGGUCGAUUGAGCUUCAAUAAUUGGCAAGGAGUUCGUUCUACACUACACAAUGAUAAGCAAGAUGGAAGUGAGUCUUCAGAUCAUAAUGCCACUGCUGGUGCCUCAAGCCGAACAUCCUCGGACCAACGACCCCGCAGAAUUGACAUGUCUUCUUACCGACAACGAGCUGAAGCACUGGAAGGCUUGCUCGAGUUCAGUGCAAGGUUAUUUCAAGAAGCGAAAAUUGAGGAACUUGGGGUUUUGAUAAGGCCAUUUGGUCCGGGAAAAGCGUCUCCAAGAGAAACUGCAAUCUGGUUGUCCAAGAGCUUCAAAGAAAAUACCCUCCUGCCAGAAGAUCUUUGCCAUAGGAGCAGCCUGCAUGUAUAGAAUAUAUUUGUGGAAUGACUUUUUAAUGUUCCAAAUUAUUGGCAUGUAAUUUGUUUAGGCAGAACAUGUUAUAGUUUCCUAAUUCGUUUAGGCCAAUUUCAAGUACUGGGUUAGAUAGGAAACCCAUUGUCUGACAUUUUCUGCAGAUUUGGUGCCAACUAUUAAUAUCAGAGAACAUUAUUGAUCCGCUAUAAUCUUUGAGAAGUUUCUGCUAUUUUUGUACUGAUUUUUAUUUUCAGUAGUAUGGCGCUCAUCAUGUCCACUGUUGAGCUCAAGCCUUCAUGACGGCGUCAUGUCCCAA